AUGUCUCAAAGGAAGUUACAACAAGAGAUUGACCGUGUGUUCAAAAAAGUCAAAGAAGGUCUGGAAGAGUUCGAUUAUGUCUAUGAUAAACUACAAGCAUGCGAGAGCUCUUCUCAGAAGGAAAAAUUAGAAAGUGAUCUGAAAAGAGAAAUCAAAAAACUACAACGAUCCAGAGACCAAAUCAAAAUAUGGUUGGCGGGAAAUGAAGUCAAGGAGAAGAAAGGAUUGAUGGAACACAGAAAAUUGAUUGAACAUGAGAUGGAGCGAUUCAAAGAGGUCGAGAAAGAAAUGAAGACAAAGGCGUUCAGUAAGGAGGGACUGAACAUGAAUAAAGUCGAUCCAAGGGAAAAGGAAAAGUCAGAGACCUCCAAGUUUGUGGAGUCCAUGAUUGAAGAGUUGGAAAGACAGAGUGAAGCCUUGGAAGCUCAGAUAGAUCAAAUCCAGAGUAGUGGCAAACGAGGGAAGAAACUGGAUAACUCUAAGACCGAUCAAAUUGCCGAACUACAGUCCUCCUUGGAUAGAAAUAACUGGCAUCAGGAGAAACUUCAAACUAUACUAAGAUUGCUUCAGAAUGGUAAUUUGGAGGCGGAUCAAAUCCAGCGCAUACAAGAGGAUAUUGAGUAUUACGUCGAAUCUAACCAGGAUGCCGAUUUUGCUGAAGAUGAUGGUAUUUAUGAUGAAUUGGGACUGGAUGAAAUUGAAGAUGGGUUCUUGUUUGCCGCCGCCUCUGGACCCCUUUCAAAAGAUGAAGAAGGUAAAGAUGAAAAUGACGAAAAUGUAUCAGAUAACGAGUCUCCAAGUGCCAGUGCAUCUAGUAAUUUUGCUGCGGUAAAUCAAGGUUCAACUUCUGACAGCACCGUCAAGACCGCUCCUGCUGCUAUUAACUCAUCAACAGGAUCUGUCUCCAAUGUCACCUCAACGAACUCCAAUGCAUCUGUUUUGCUCAACAAACUCACAAGAACAUCUCCUGCAAGAUCAGCUGCUGCGACUCCCCCACAUUCUCAUAACGAAUUAACUGGAAUUCAAUCAAAUCUUAAGCCUGCUGUGGCCCCUGUGCUGACGCCCAAGUUGAAAUAUUCUAAGGUUGCCAGUACAGCAGCUACCGCAAGUGUGCCACCAGGAUCAACGAAGGUUGGAUCGUCCACCCAUUCAACCACUCCGACUGCAACUACAGCCGCAACUGCACAUCCGGCAGUUUCCUCUUCUUCUCUACCAUUGGAUUCUUUGUCGUCAACGACUACUCAUCCCAAUGGUCUUGACGCUCCAACAUCUGAAUCGUCCUUGAAAAUUGCAAACAAUCUUAUUGCUAAUUUGGAUGGAGUCAAGAAGGAAUGUCUCAAUAAGCCGAUUAAAAAGACCCCUGAAGAGAUGGACAACAUGUAUCAACUGCUUAAUUCUUCACUGUUAAAUUGUCCAGACUCAUUUGAUGCAGAUGUGCCAAACAUGUAUAUCCCUAGACAACCACACCCUACCCAUAUUUCGUUCCCUCAGGAACCUUUGUUGGAGAUUAUGAACUCGGCAAAGAUUUUACAGAACUUUGAUUUGGAGACUUUAUUCUACUGUUUCUAUUAUCACAGCUACGAGAAUGCAGCUGAUGAACAUAAGGUAUUCGACAACUCAGGCAGUUUCCUACAAAUUAAUACGGCGAAGGAGUUGCAUAGAAGGGGCUGGAAGUACCACAAAGAGCUCAAGACCUGGUUCCUGCUCAAUAAUGACGAAGCUAAUCAAACUCCUCCGCCUAUUGAAGAGCACGUUCAACAAAAGAGCAACUGGAAAUACUUUGAUUACCAGGAGACAUGGCUUCCCAGGAGAAAAGACGAUUUUACUUUUGAGAAGGACAAGUUGGAAACGUUGUAUCUUUGA